AUGAUAACGGAUACAAAGCGUCAGUUCUAUCAGUGCAUCGCAGCUUUUCUUAGGGAUGAAUGCUCAUCCACCGAUUACCCAAAUGAUACCAUUGAAAGCUUGGAGGUUGCAAAGCAGUGCAUCGAGAGCGCUUUCGAUGUUUCUGGUAGUGAAGAGCCAAGAACGGAUCUUUUUAUCCUGUUUGAGAAAUUCAUUUCCACUUCAAAUCCAAGUGGUCAUCAGGUGACUCCGGAAGACAAAAUCAAGGCUGAGAAUUUGAAAACACAGGGCAAUUCGUUUAUGGCGUUGGAAAAGUUUGAGGAGGCCAUUGAUUGCUACAGCCAGGCAAUAGCCUUGGACCCAAACAAUGCCAUUUAUUACUGUAACAGGGCUGCUGCCAAAAGUCGUCUUAACAAGGAUGACGAUUGUAUAAAGGAUUGCGAGAAGGCACUAGAAAUUGACCCAUCAUACAGCAAAGCUUAUGGGCGCAUGGGUCUAGCCUACUGUAAUAUGGUGAAAUACGAAAAGGCCAUCGAGGUCUACAAGAAAGCAAUUUCACUGGACCCUAAUAACUUGAACUUUAAACAAAGCUUAGCUCUGGCUGAGGCAAAUCUCAGGCAAUCAUCGAAUGCUGCUCCCAAUAGUUUCGGCAAUUUAGAUCUUGGUGCUCUCCUCAGCAAUCCUGUGAUGCAGAAUAUGGCACAGCGUCUGAUGUCCGACCCUCAGAUGCAAUCUACCGGCCAACAGUUCGCUCAACAGAUGCGACAAACUAAUCCUGAUCUGGUAGAUACACUUCGACAGCAAAUGCAAAAUGCGACCAAUCAACAACCUCCCUCAAGUAACGCUGACAAUGACAAGAACGCCGCACACAAGGAGUCCUAG